AUGUUUGACAGCUGGGCUUCUGCUGAGGCGAACGAGCGUUGUGAUGAAAGGAGACACCUGAGAGAUCAUGGGCUUUUAUAUGAUGCCCGCACCACAACUAGUGUGCAGGAGAUGCGGAAGUCAUUGCUGGAGAGUUGCUUCCCAGGCGACGGUGUUGGCUCGGGCUGUCUGAGUCUACUCACAACGGCAGUCACACCCUCCAUGCUUGCGCUGCCACUGGCGUUCUCCGUUGGUGGCCUGACUUUUGCCAUUGCAUGCAUAACUUUUUGCAUCAUUAUAACUAUCAUGUCUGUAAGAAUUCUUGCGCAUGCAUCUGCCUCAGCUGCGUCGGACGACUACGAGUCCGUGGCCGGGUUUUUCUUCGGGGCAAAGGGGCGAUGGAUCGCGCGGUCCAUAUUGUUUUUGUACAACUUUGGGAGUGCGGUGGUGUACCUGUGCUUUGUGAAGGACGUCGUUACGAGCAUCAUCGCUGUGAAGGGCUCGUUUCUCCCAACAUGGCUGCAGGGGAACCUGGGCGGCUUCCUUGCCCUCGCGUUUAUUGUGGCGUGCGUGACGCCGUUUACGUUUAACUCCCGUCUGGCAUCGCUUCGAACAAUGGGGUUUGCCAGCAAUAUUCUGACCACGUUUAUUGUGCUGUCCAUCGUAUAUCGGUUUCUUGUCCCAUUGACGCCGCGCAGAGAGCUGGGGCCUCCGCUGCAGGGCGACGUGAAAGCGGCCCACGGAGAUCCCGCAUGGUGGGAACUAUUGCUGUCGUACCUCUUCACGGCCUCCAUCUUUGUGUUCUCCUACGAAGUGCAAUCCAACGUCAUGGGCGUCAUCAGGGACCUUGACGACCGCACGGGUGAAUCUCUUUUGGUCUGCAUUUGCAUGGCUCUUGCCAUGGCGACGACGCUUUAUCUCACGCUAGGCAUCUUUGGGAGUCUCUCUUUCCCCCACAUGACACAGGGAGAUAUUUUAGAUCUGUACGAUAUUCAGCGAGAUGAUCUCAUGUUUCUUUGUCAAGUUUUCUGUUGUUUUAGCGCGGCAACUUCUUACGUUUUUGGCGUCUUCCCGUGUCGCUUCGCGGUUUUUAUGCUCCUCUCGGAUGGAACAACGUCAAAGGUGCCAAAGCAGUCUCGUGUGCGCAUAGGCGUCGCACUGGCGAUUGCUGGCACGGGCUGCGCCGUUCUUCUGCCAGACGUGGCAAAAGUGGUGGCGUUGCUCGGGGCACUGUUCAGCUCAACGCUUUCAAUGACGCUGCCAGCGCUCUUUGCAUUGAAAAUGCGGUGGAGUGGGACCUACCUCACCUCUGCGCUGGACGGCUUUCUUUCUUGGACCCUGUUGCUUCUUGGCGUCUUUGUGUCAAUUGGGGGCUCGUUGGUGGCUGUAAUGGACGUGCUCGGCCUCGUGGACCUUGUCCGGGGCUGA